AUGCUCCACAAGAUUGUACUGGCAUUACCUCUGCUCUCACUCACACUCCUGGCUUUCGCCAGUCCGCUAGAACAGCGCGAGGCUGCUCCAGGGCUCAUCGAUGAUCUGUUGAAAGGGACUCUCUCACAAGUCCAGCAACUCAUCAAAGACGUACUCUCUGGUACAAAACCUGGUAUCGAUAACACAAAGUCAAGCAAGCCAAUUGUCUGUUUAUCAGCCAUUGACUCUUGUUGUGCUUCGUACGACGUAUCGAAAGAACUCACCAGCUUGUUUCUUGAAGCAGAUGGACAAUGCAAUGACAAUGCUCGCGCAGCAAUCCGAUUUGGCUUUCACGACGCCGGUUCAUGGAAUAAAGAUUCACCCAAUGGCGGUGCUGAUGGCUCCUUGCUGAUGGACUUUGGGGAAGAAAGGCGACCGGAAAACAACGGCCUGCAAGGCAUCCGUCAAGUCUUGAAGGGCGUACAAUCCAAGUACAAAGUCGGGUACGCCGAUCUCGCCCAAUACGCACACAACCACGCCACGAUCUCUUGCCCCAAAGGGCCACGCGUCCGAACUUUUGUCGGACGUAAAGACGCAACACAAGCUGCGCCGACUGGCCUACUACCAGACGUUCACGACAGUGCCGACAACUUGAUUGCGCUCUUCCAGGCGAAAGGUUUCUCUGCACACGAUCUCGCCGCUCUGGUCGGCGCUCACGCUUCAGCAAAGCAACGCUUCGUCGACACCACCAAAGCCAACAAACCACUCGACACCACGCCGGGUGUAUGGGAUGUAGAAUUCUACAACGACACGCUGCAAACCACACCCAGCGACAAGAUCUUUGUUCUGCCUUCUGACAAGGUGCUGAGUGUGCAUCCCAAAAUCAACGACGAGUGGAGGAGCUUUGUGGGGAACCAGCCACACUGGAAUGAAGACUACGCGAAGGCAUACUUUAGGAUGAGCUUGAAUGGCGUGACGAAUCUGAAGGAUCUCAAGGACUGCACGAAGACGUUGCCAGCGAGUCGGCCGAACUUUAAGAUUCCGAAGCCGAGGUAG